UCUAACUUAAUAUGAAAUCCAAACAAUAUUUUAAGAAGUGUAGAUGAAACUUAAUGAUUCAUAUAAGUUGGUACACGUCGGCCGGAGCAAUGGGCUGUCAGAUUUUGGUAAAAAGGUCAAAAGGCAAAAGGACAAUUCAUCGUCAGGCUGUCAGUCUACUCCCACCUCAUCCUCCGUUUUUCCAACUUCUAUAUUUCUUUUCUCCGACCAUUUUUCCAACUUCUAAUCUAAGCUAUAAAAGGAAAAUACACAAGAAGCUGAAAGAGAGAAUAUACUGAGAAUCCAAAAUCCAUCAGCUGAAUCCAUCUCCAAAACUCAAAAACAGCAAAUAAUUGCAAUGUCUGAAAAGCCCUCCAAUUAUGGCACACUUCCAACUUCCACCCCACCACCACCCCCUACAACUCAUUCAGCCAGAAAACCCCCUCGUCCACCACCACCCGGUCCACUACCCCCACAACCACCCCGCCCCUCCACCACCUUCCUCUCAACAACCAGAUCCAACACUGCCGCGCGCCGUCCAUGGCGCGUGUUCUUCGACUACACCCUCUUCUCCCUCCCCUACAACUACUCCGAAGCCAUAUCGCGCGUGAGGCGCAACCUCAACUACUUUCGCGUCAACUACGCCAUGGUAAUCCUCCUCAUUAUCUUCCUCAGCCUUAUAUACAACCCAAUCUCCAUGAUCGUCUUCUUAGUUGUAUCUAUAGCUUGGUUAUAUUACUUCAGUGAAGAACCAAUUGUAAUAUUGGGGGCCCAUUUAGACGAUCGUCUUGUUUUGGUUGGUUUGGGUUUGGUUACUGUCAUUGCCUUGGCGUUUACUCAUGUGGGUCUCAACGUUUUGGUUGCUUUGAUUAUUGGGUUUUGUGUUUUGGGCCUGCACGGGUCGUUAAGGGGAACUGGGGACUUGUUCUUGGAUGAGAAUGAGGCUGCUGAAGGUGGCUUGCUUUCUGUUGUCAGUUGAGGAGUAACAAAUCAGCCCUAGUUAUAGAUAAGUGCAUUUUUCUGAAAGAA